GCGUGUGCAUUACGCCUUAGUAUUGCCAAUGGAUUCCCUUUAUAACCAUAAGGACGUGGUUGAAGAGUACAUUAACAACUUAAUAAAGUUAGGUCUGGAAUUCGAACAAGAGGGUGGCAUAACAAUGCCAGUGAUGUUUAUUAAAAUUCACAUAAACGACGAAAUAACCGACCACUUUGCCGACGCUUUUGAAGUGAAACCCGAAUUUUUGGAAGACUUUGAUUACCGCGACCCAAAUCCCUAUCGGUGGGAAAUAUUUAAAACUCCUCUAAAGAGACGCAAUGUCUUCAAAAAUGUGCGUAAUAGUCAACUAUCAUUAACAAAGAUAAAAAUUAUUGAACACCUCUUGCACGUUGCGUAUUAUGGGAAAAAACGUGAUAUGCACGGUGUUGAAAAAUUAAAAAAAAUGGGUAUAGUACAGGAUUAUUAUGCUCUUCAUGAUGGAGCCAUACAAAUUGAACAUUGGCAUAAUGACGACAUCAUCAACGAAAGAACACUAUUAGCUAAAUACUGGGGAAAUUAUCACGUCACGUUUAAACAACCACCUCUUGAUUUAAUACAUAAAUAUUUUGGACCAGACGUAGCAUUUUACUUUGCGUGGCUAGAUUUCUAUAACCACAUGCUUUUGCCUAUUGCCAUCAUAGGUGUUAUUUUAUUUAUAUUCUCAUUUGUAGACGUGUUUGUUCAAAACGCACAUGAUAUAGGUUUCGUAUGUGAGUCUAAUUAUUAUACUUGUGGGUUAUGUAUUGAACACCAUGGUUGUGAACAAAAGCCACUAAAAAGUUUUUGCAGACCUGCCAAGAUUGUGAAACUUUUGGAGGGUGGACAAUUUUGGGUAUAUUCAACAUCAGUAACACUUUGGGGUAUGAUUUUUACAAGUUUGUGGAAAAGAAAAGAAUAUAGAUUAAGAUAUAGAUGGAAUUUAUUAGGAAAGCAGAUUGUACAGGAAAAGGCUAUUAUAAGAUUGGCUUAUAAAUUGGCAACAGCAAAGCGACGCCUGCAAAAAAUACCGUUAAGAGAAAAAUAUGUUCGUUAUUCAAUAGGACUUAUACUAAUCAUAGUAAUCGUGGGUUUUAUGAUUAUUUUUUGUGUAGGAAAACAUUUAUUGUUUAUUUUUUCGCAACCGAAAAUUGACAGACUGGGAGUACAAUUUUCACUUACGGCUAUUUCUCCAUUAAUUCAAACGAUUUUCACAAUGUUUGUUUCAAAGUAUCUUAAAUCUACCUGUGUUAAAAUAGUAGAUAUCAUAUUCCCAAAAACGCAAGAUAUGUAUGAAAAAUUAAUAGUUUACCUGAUUUUCACUUUAGAUCUUUUAAACAAUUAUGUACCAUUGUUCUACGUAGCUGGUAUAAGGAAUUUUCAAUUCAAUGUUCCAUAUGAUAAUGGCUAUGGACUAUUAAAAUACACUGGUUGCGGAAUUAUGCCUUGCAUUUAUACCUUGUUUGAUUUGUUAUGGACUUUACUUAUUGUAAAAACAUUUAUUGAGAGAAUAUAUUUAAUACUGAAACCAAAAAUCCAAAACUGUUGGAGAAAAUAUACUCAGGAACAAUUGGAUCCGGAAGAAAUGCCAUCGUACGAGGAAGAAUAUCACUUAAACAGAGUCACAAAUUAUGAAUUCAAGAUUAAUAUUGCAAAGAGAUGCAUUCAAUAUGGAAUAAUGAUAGGAUUUGUGUACGCUUUUCCUCUAUCACCGUUAUGCGUUUUAUUCCAUAACGUGGUGACUUUGCGCUCGGAAGCCAACAGACUUAUUCAUUUAUCACGGAGACCCUGUAUCAGUAAAAAAUAUGAUGGCAUUGGGCAAUGGACUAAAAUACUCGACACCCUGACAUUGUGCGGUGGUAUAAUAAAUGUUUACAUAAUUGCAUAUGUGGGUUCGUACUACGAUUUAUUGAAAUUACAAUAUGGGAAAAUUAAGAGUCUCUAUUCAAUAUUUGAACCUCAUGCAGUUUUUGGUACUUAUAAUUCUAGUUUACCCAACGUAUGUUUGCAUAGGGGGCAAUAUCUUGGACCGUACGCUAUCAACAGAUACAAAAAAAAUAGCAUGAACUAUGCGUUACAAGUAUAUCAUAUUCUAAUAAUGGCUGUAUCGGUACAUGUGCUACUUUUUUUAUAUUAUGCAAUUCGAAAACUUAUAGCCCCUAUACCUCUUAAUAUUAAGAAAAAAAUUUUCAUAGAUAGAACCAAUUUGAAUAAUUGGUAUAAUGAUAUGUUCAACGCCGUGGAAGAACUGGAUUUUAAAGAUGAAGAAUCACUACAAAUUACAUAAAUUUAGAUACGAUCUGUAGAUUAUUUGUUCUGUUGAAUUUCCUUCUCCUUAAUUGAAUAAGACGUGCCUUUUUUAA